AUGGCUAGCAUCGCACGUCACACACUGGCAGCCCAAUCAACCGCCAAUCAGGUUUUUCUCAUCGAGGGCGCCAGCACUGAGGUCUCAGCCUCCAAACUCUUUCCAAAUGACGCUGACGUCGCUUCAGGACAGCAGCCACCCCAUGUGCUUGUGUCGGAGAUUGUCGACAGCGAGCUGUUGGGUGAGGGCAUUCUGCCCAGCCUGCGUGAUGCCAAUGAGCCCAGUCCUUGGACGUUGGCUGCCGCUCGCUAUUUGCAAGCCUCUCAUGAUGAUUAUCGCAUCUGGUUCGACUUGAUCGCGGACAAGCCCAUCGAUGCUGCGCCCAGCAUCCCACGCUCCGCUCCUACAUGUACCUGUGGGGCCCAUCAGUACGGCGAGAGCCUCGAGCGCUUUCAUGAUCCGGCCUAUCUAUCGCUAGCCUGCGCCGUUUCAGCAAACUUCUCAGAUCCAGCAGUUGCAGAGCCGGCUGCUGACUUUCUCCAAUUACAGACAUGGCCCCAAAGCGCCCCGGGCACGGGAUACCUCACCAUUCUUGUGGUGCCCAUUCAAUGUGCUGCCUGGCAUGAAGCCAUCACGCCGGUGAAACAGGCGUUGGGUUUCAAUAUGGACGUCUACGAUCAGGUGGCCCAGGCUCAGUUGCCAAUGUUUAUGGAUGUGAGGAUGGAUGAUUAUAUCUUUACUGAGUUGGCCACUGCCAUUUGUUUACAAAGCAGCGAUCAGACCUCAACCCGCCUUGAGUGGGAGCUCACCAAGCCCAGCCGGGUGGAUGCAUUGAUGCUGUAUAUGCGCUACGAGCUCCCCGCAGCCGCGGCUGACGACAGCUUGGUACCCUCAGCAGCCACAACAACCGUGCUGGACCUUCAUCCAGCUCGUGCUCGCUGGGCCCAACAGCAGCCGUUGCAUGUAGGUGAGGACGGCACCCUGAGCAUUGAAAUGAGCCUGGACGAUGCGAUAGCGUCUGAGAUCCGCCCACCAACGUGGUCAUGGGUCGCUGCGUGA